AUGGCAUAUGUUCUGAGCCAGAUGCCUGUGCAUAUUAGCACAGGACAGUUGAUGAAAGAACCUGAUGUUCUACCCAAGUUGACUUGUCUGUUUGAGAAAGAAAUCGUUCAUGACACAACAGAGAAUGCCAAAGAAGGCAGUCAUGAAGAGCCUCAAGAACAAAAUGGAGAAGAAUUAAUGAUUGCCCACUGCAAGGAUUCUGAAACAGAGAGUAUCAUCAAACUUCAAGAUGAUAGUGAAGAAAAAGAAAAAGAAGAAAUAAUUAUCGAUAUUGUCUUGUGUGAGGAUCAGGAGAUGACUUUUGAUACGAAGCCCAAAGCUAACAAUGACAUUGAGACUCAAACUAAUUCUGUUGUGAGUGAGGUGUUUCAGAUCAAUUCUGAUGGUCAAGUGGCAGUGAAUGGGGAUGAAGAUCAAACUUUGGACAUUAUUUCUUGUGAGGGUGCUGAGGAAGCUGGUGUGACCUCCAAUGAUGGUGCUGAGCAAAACAACCCAAAACUUAGAGAAUUUUCUAUUCCCUUGCAGAAACUACGGGUUUCCACAAAUUGUAUCAACAAAAGGCCUGAACUAGAGGAAGAUGAGUACAUUUUUUGUAAUCACUGUGACAAACUGCGUGUUGGUGACUGUCCAGUUCAUGGAGGCCUCAGAUGGAUAAAGGAACCAACAGCUGUUAUGGAAAGGGAUGGGUUGACUAGGGCAAGGUCAACCAUUCCAAGUAGCAUGGAUUUGAAGAUUUCGAGUAUUCCUGAUGCUGGUCUGGGGAUGUUUGCCAAAGAAAGAUACGAAGCAGAUGUUGUGUUCGGCCCCUACUGGGGUGACAAGAUUGAUGUGGCAGAUUUAACACCAAACAGCGAUCAGAGCUAUAUGUGGGAUAUAAUUGAAAAUGGACGUGUCACUCAUGUUGUUGAUGCUCGCGCUGAAGAACACAGCAACUGGCUACGCUUUGUCAAUUGUGCUCGUAAUGAAGAUGAGCAGAAUCUUGUAGCCUUCCAGUUCCGGGGUGAAAUCUAUUAUCGUUCUUUUAAGACAAUAGAACCAGGAAUGGAGCUCUUGGUGUGGUAUGGAGACAAGUAUGCAUGUGAUUUGGCCAUCUUAAACAAAGAUACCACAAGAAAAAUGGAAGAUGGACCAAUACAGUGCCAAAAGUGUUUUAUGGUGUGUUCUGGGCCUGUUUCCUUUGCCAAUCACAACAAAUUCCGUUGCCAACUGAACAACGAUCACCACCGCUGGCGGUGCAUACACUGCGACAGAAGUUUUAAAGAUCAAAAAAGUCUUCAUUUUCACAAGUACAUCCAUAAAGGGGUGAAGCCGUUCACAUGUGGAGUUUGUGAUAGGGUGUUCGCAUUUAAAUCAUCGAAAAAUAGGCAUCAAAAACAGAUGCACCCAGCAGUUACACUAGACUGCCGUUGCACCUUGUGUUCCAAUGUGUUCGACGAUAAAAACAGGCUCUGGCAGCACGAAAGGACAUUUCACGCAGUGAAACGUUUGUCUAAUGGCACCUUUGAGUGUUUGAAGUGCCAGAAGCGUUUUACCCAAUGGGUUAAUCUUCUGAGGCACAGGAAACAGACGGUGCACUCCAAUUCUAAAGAAUUUAUCUGUAAAACAUGUGGUAAGGCUUUCAAGAAGGAGGGAAAUUUGGUUAGACAUGAAGCUCUGCACAAACCUUUAGGACCCUGCACAUGUUCCGAAUGCGGAAAAAAUUUCUUGUUUAGCCAUGACUUACGGAAGCAUGUACUUCAUAAUCAUGCCAAGAUGGACCCGAAAAAAGCUGUUGAUGGAUGUAAGUCUGACAAAGAUGUAAAUAUCACGAAAGGUUCCUCUGAAAAGCGCCAUGCUAGGGAUACAUUCCAUUGUCACAUUUGUAAGACGAAGUUUCUCUAUACCUUCACCUACUCGAAACACAUGCGGGAGAAGCAUCCUUCGUUUAAGGUUGCUAGGUGCGGUAUAUGUUCAAAGGUUUGUAAUGAUAAACGUCGCUUGGCCUUACACGUGGCCACCAGACAUCGAAAAUUGAAGAACAGUGCCAAAUUACACCCGAACGUUUCCGAGAAUAAAGGAAAAGCAUCAAAUGGGAUACAUCAGUGCGAUAUUUGCUUGAAAGAGUUCGUGUCGCUCGAGUCGUUGAAAGCACAUAGGGGUCAUCAUAACCGGCAAAAGGUUUUAGACAAUCAGAAGUCUGGUAGAAGGAAAGUUCUUGCAAGUCCGUUGUUGAAUGAAAAUUCUUCUCCCAAGCUUGGUCGAAGUGCAACCUUCAGCUGUAAAAUCUGUAACAAGUCAUUUGAAACUUCGACUUCUUUGCGUUCCCACUCUGCUCACCACAGCCGCAGUCCUUCUCAGAGUGGAGAUAAGUCUUUUAGUGAGCUCCUCUCAAGCUCUUCGUCGGAAGAAAAGCCCUCCCUAAGAAGUGCUGCAAGCUCAGCUUUUAUUUGUAGAAUCUGCAACAAGUCAUUUAAAUCUGUGAAUGCCUUAGGUAGCCAUACCGGCCACCACAGCCGCAGCCCAUCUCAGAAGAGUUUGAAGUCAUCAAUUGUAAAACAAAGAAAAUCGCGUGGUGCAUUUCCCUCGACUUCCUCGUCGCAAGUUCGGCAGAAGAAUCCUCAGCCCAGCAGAGAUUUAUCUGGCUCUCAGUUCGUGCCAGGUUCAAAGGAAAGUGUAUCAUCAGUGAGCCCCCCGAAGCAGUUUAGCUGUGAAGUGUGUGGAAAAGGAUUUCAUUCGAAGAAAAUUCUGGGUCAUCAUAGAGGACACCACUUCCGAAAGAACAACAACGAAAGUUCUCCAUCCAAUCUUUCCUCAAAUGAAAUCAAAGCAGUUGCUGAAACCAAUAUACAGAAGGAACAUGAACGCGACGCAUGCAUCCAGUCAUUUGAAUCCAGCAACUCCCCGUCUCCACGCAAGGGGGAACACACCAGAAUGACGAAUGUUUGCGUGUGCUUACUUUGUCAAAGAGAGUUUUCGUCGAAGUUGGCUCUGGUGCGUCACAAAUUACGUUCCCAUCGGAUCGGUCCAUAUCAAUGCAAGCUUUGUGGCGAAAGUUUCCGAACUUGUAUGGGUCUAAGUCGUCAUGUAUUAUAUAAACACGGAAGCCGUUCUACUUUUCAGUCGAAGAGUAAUACAAUCGGCUCUUCAAAAUUCAAAUGCCUUAGUUGUACAAAGCACUUCUCGACGUACAGUGGACUCUUCAAACACAUGCGGAAGUUACACGUUGACUUCAGUUUCUGUGCCCAAAGCAGUAAGAGUGAAUUGAAGGCUACGAGUGAUACCUGGAGGUGUCAGCUCUGCAGCAGAGAGUACCUAAGUGUCAGUGGCUUGCGUAAACAUCUGAAGAACAAGCACCCGAAGCAGAAGUAUGAUCCUAAUCAAGGAUGUAAGCCAGCGAGAAAAGAUGAGUUUAAAACCACCACUGUUAAGGGAAAAAAACAGUGUCGUAGUUGCAAAGUUAGAUUCUGUCCAGCUCAAAGUGCCAACCGAUCGUAUUGUAUGCGUUGCAGUAGAAAAUUGCAAAGGAAAGGUGAAGCCAUCAGUCCACAAUCUAGGCAAUCACAUGUUAACAGUAAUAUUCAGAAGAACGUGCAGUCCAUUGGACGGAAAAGAAAUAUAAAUCAUUUAUCGAUGCCAUCCAAAAAGAGAACAGUGAGGGCUUUCCAUUGCUUCUACUGUCAGGAGGGUUGUUCAACAAUCAACAGUCUCUACAAACAUUUGAUGGUUGUUCACCGAGAUGACUUUGGAUCGAAUCCCACUGGUUUCCCUAAACCCCUAGAUAACCAGACAAGAAACGAAGCCCAGAACCACACUAGAAAUCAAAACUUGCAGACCAAAACUUGUCUUUGGAGUUGCCAGUACUGCAGUAAAGAACUUCAGACUGAGAGUGGUUUAAGGAGACAUGUCAAGAACAAACACGGAAAAAAGGUACGUGUUCCUGACCAAAGAAUUAAGCCAGAUAAGAUCAACUGCUAUGAAUCAAGUGAUAGCAACGUGGCUGAGUCAACAAACGUUUGUCGACUUUGUAACAUUAACUACUCUACAAACAAAAGUCUUCAUUGCAUAAGUUGUAAUGAAGAAUUGCUGAGCCAAAUGAGCGCCAGUACGGAAAUGAAAGAGAGAAGAGAUCGUCCACAUCGUUCAACGACUCUUUCAACCGGGAAUGCUGUAAGGGCAUUUAAGUGCUUGUACUGCCGUAAAGGUUUCUCUACAAUUAACAGCUUCUACAAGCAUAUGGUGAUUGCACACCAAAAUGGCUUUUCAUCGAAAAGCCACACUUCCAAGAAACCCCUAUGUAGCCAAAUUUCAAGUGAUUCCAACAACAAUUCUAUUCAGCGCGUAUCGACAAAUUUUGCUCCUUGGAAAUGUGAGGACUGUGGUAAAAAAUUCCGGAGUGCCACUGGUUUUACCAGGCAUGUCGAUACUAAACACAGUAGGAAAAGGAGGUCCAGUCGGGGCCGCGUGUGUAAGUUGGAAGGAAAUUGUAGCUUCAAAGGGACUAGUCGUCAAGUGGCUAGAGUAACAAAGACUCCAUUACUAAUCACAGCGCCAAAAACUGUUAGAAAUGCUGAAAAAGGCAAUGCUUCCCUCAGUGGCCGACAUUCUACGCCAACAGCAGUGACAGUAGCAAAAAAAUUGCUUCGUAGAAGGAAAAAACGCUCCAAGUUAACUCUUCAUCACAGAUGUGGGCAAUGUGGGAAACGCUUCUCCUCCAAACCUGAACGUAGGAGGCAUGUGAAUGAGAUGCAUGCAAAGAAAAAUGAAAGUUGUGAGGGAGUCUUAUCUGCCAUUCCAAAUUUCGGAGAAAAAUCAGAUGGAAGAACUUCUACGAACGGGUCGCAACCGAAAGGGAAGGAUUCCCUUCACUUGGCUUUUCCGUGUGAGUACUGCCCAAAGAAAUUUUCUUGUCGUGAUGAUCGUGUUAAGCAUGUUAUGCUGGUCCAUAACCGAAAGGAUAUCCCAUCACCGUCCAAAGGUCGCCAAUUAAAACUCGACGCACCCAUAGGAAGUUCAGCUAAAACUGACAAGAAAUCGUUUUGCUACCAAGAUUGUGUUUGCUUUAAAAGAAAGGCACCCAAUGCGGGCCCCGACCGUCAGCAAGAACGUGAGAAGGCCUGGAGGCACAAAAGAAGGUCAGAUAGGAAACUAAAUGGCUUCGUAUCCAAUCUAAAAGAUGCGAUGUCAGCCGAUCGAAGUCUCGAUUCAUCUGAGUCCUUUCUUAAUGUAACGACGGGUCAUAGUCUAUUUAAGAUUCAUGGUGGAAAAUCAUCCAAGCGACGUAGUUCCACUCCGUUAAGUGACGUCCAUCAAUCUAAUUCUGUUGCCAACCACUGCUCAAAAGUUUUAUCCACGUUGGGAGGAAUUAGCUCGCCAUACAAACGAGGAAUUAGUUGCGACAGUACCACUACAAAAAGGAAUUUAUUGGAAUACGGCAACGAAAGUCACAAAUGUGACGCUUUAUCUAGCAUCAACGGAUUGCCUAGGCCGGCGUUGAGAAACAUUACAUGUUUGCAAAACGGCAACAAGGUAUGUUGUUGAAACGGAUUGUCACGAAAACAGAGAGACGCGAAACUAACGAGGCGUAAAAGUGUCCUCAAGCACAUUGUUUGAGAGGAAGUCGCCCGCGGCUCAACUGGAACUUCAACGAGCUACGAAGAACACUAAUUGUAACGCCUUGUUUACAAUCGUUCAUUUGAUUAAUAACUGUGCAAGCUGAGCAAAGUAGCAUAGUAUCAUUCCAACGAGUUCCAAAUUCGCACUCAUAAGGAAAACCAUUAGGGUAUACAUGAGGCAUUCCCUUGAGCAGUUUUCCUUCGAUGAUGUUUACUGUAUAGCAAAUGCAAAGAAGAAUCUGAAACUUUCUUUCCAAAUGCUUUAUUCUUAUUGAUGGCUUAAAAAAAAACGGUUUUAUUACAAUCUAUUUUUAGCGCUAUAAAUAAGAUAUUUCAAUGUGUUUUACCCGCACCGUUUUCAUGAGAAGUGUUUAAGAUGUCGAGUUUCCAAACGUGAAUGUACUCAGCGGUGUAUACCCAAAACACACUUGCAAGGUUUAGCCAAAGUCUUUACAUAGUUUUAUGCUUAUCCAGUAUUAAUAAAUUUAUUCAAUAAAGUUCCUUGUUAUGUCUGGACAGUUACUUUGGACAACUA